AUGAUUGAGCUUCCUCUGGAUCAUGGCUCAUUGGAGCACCUCCUCCCUGUCUCUUGGAAGUCUCAGGUCGCCGCGUGGCUCGCUGAAGACACCCCCUCCUUUGACGUAGGCGGCUUUGUCGUCGGUAACGAUCUACGUACGGCUACGCUCUGGGGCAAGUCCUCCGGAGUUCUCGCCGGUGUCCCCUUCUUCAAUGAAGUCUUCACCCAGUGCGGAUGCACGGUUGAGUGGCACUCCCGCGAGGGCUCGCACAUCGAGACCCACGGCGACAAGACGGCCCUGGCGACCGUGAGCGGCCCUGUGCGGGGUCUGCUAGAGGGCGAGCGCGUGGCGCUUAACAUUCUUGCGCGGUGCUCUGGGAUUGCCAGCACGAGCCGCCGGCUGCUGAUCAACCUCCGCAGUGCUGGUUGGCAGGGUACCCUGGCAGGCACGCGCAAGACGACUCCGGGGUUCCGCGUAGUUGAGAAGUAUGGCAUGCUAGUCGGCGGUGCCGAUACCCAUCGCAUGGAUUUGAGCACCAUGACCAUGCUCAAAGACAACCAUGUGUGGAGCCGCGGGAGCAUCACCCAGGCCGUCAAGGCCGCCAAGGCUGCGGGCGGAUUCAGCUUGAAGGUCGAGGUCGAGGUCCAGAGCGAGGAGGAAGCCGACGAGGCCAUCGCCGCCGGCGCCGACAUCGUCAUGCUCGACAACUUCACCGGCGAGGGCGUCAAGGCUACCUCCCGGAGCCUCAAGGAGAAGUGGAACGGCAAGAAGCAUUUUCUGGUCGAGGUCUCAGGGGGACUGACCGAGGAUAAUGCCGAAUCCUAUCUUUGCAACGAUGUCGACAUCCUCUCGACAAGCUCCAUCCACCAGGGUGUGCGCCACAUUGACUUCUCCCUCAAGAUCAACGUGGAGAAGGGGGACGGCGCGGCUGCAUCGAGUUGA